AUGGAUGUUUCUCAUUUAUUUGAGCCAAUAAAGCUUGGGAUGGCAUUUGAUUCAGAAGAGUAUGCAUAUGAAUACUACAACAAAUAUGCUGCUACAAUUGGGUUUAGUGUUAGAAAGGAAUAUGCAAAUAAAAGUAAAGUCCACGGAUAUGUGACUUCGAGAAAAUUUAUAUGUUAUAAAGAAGGUUAUAGAGAAAGAGACAAGCGAGAAGCGAUGGUCAAGAAACCUAGAAAGGAAAUUAGGACGGGUUGUUUAGCUCACAUGGUCGUAAGUCGUCAAUCAAAUGGGAAGUUUUCUAUCAUUUCAUUUGAAAAAAAGCACAAUCAUCCUCUCGUUCCUCCAUCUCUAGCGCAUAUGCUACCAUCGCAAAGAAAUAUUAAACUUUCUCAAGCAUAUGAAAUUGACUUAUUGGAUGAUUCAGGAAUAUGUCCUAAAUCAUCUUUUGACUAUGCUUCUCGUCUAGCUGGGGGAAAAGCUUCUUUAGGUUAUACAAAGUGGGAUCACAUAAACUAUCUUCGUGACAAAAGAAAAGAAAGUCUAAAGCAGGGAGUGGCUCAUAGUUUGGUCGAUUAUUUUGAAAAAAGAAUUUAUGGAAAUGUUGUAUCAUUUGACAUAACAUAUAGAACAAAUAAGGAGUAUCGACCAUUGGCUUUGUUUGUUGGAUUAAAUAAUCACAGGGAAAUGGUUGUAUUUGGUGCUGCCCUUUUAUACGAUGAAAUAGCUGAAGCAUUUGAAUGGCUUUUUACUAUAUUUUUUAGAGCUAUCAAAUUGCUUUAUUAUUACGAGUAUGGAGACGAUUUUCUAAAUGCAUGGGAGGAAAUGCUUGAGAAGUACGAUGUUAAGGAUAAUAGUUGGUUGGAAAACACCUUUGCUAUAAGGAAAAAGUGGUCCAUGACAUACGGUAAAAAUUUGUUUAAGCAUUUUCAAAGAGCUAUUGACGAUAAGCGUGCUAAUGAAAAUAAGUCAAAUUUUGAUAUGACCAAACGAAUAUCUGUCUUGAAUGUUAAGCUUCCUUUAUUGAUCCAUGCGAGAGAAAUAUAUACUGCAACCAUAUUUGAUUUGUUCGAAAAGGAGUGGGAAAAGUCAUUACUUAUCUCUAUAAAUGGCUUUCAUGAUGAAGAAGAAUUUGUAAAUACAAUGUUAGCACUCAUGGAAGUCGCAGAUAGCAUGUAG